CACGCCCCCGCCCAGAGGGGACCCGGCGGCGGGAGGAGGCGGCGGUACCUCGGACAGAGCCGCCGCCGCGCCGAGCCCAGCCCGCCCGGCAGCCGCUCCGGAGCCGCCCCGACGAGCAGAACUGAGGCACGUGAGGCUCCAUAAGCGUCCCCAAGUGGCUUCAAUUUCUGUCCUCAAGAAAAGAUAUCAAAAGAAAUGCAGGAAUGCCUGUCCUAGAAAAAAACAUGCAGAAGAAAGAGAAAGAUGCAUGCAGUAAGGAUGAGACCGCAGUGCCAAAACUUCCUGUCCCACCACUGCAACAGACCUUACGCAUGUACCUACAGUGCAUGAAGCACUUGGUGCCAGAGGAGCAAUUUAGAAAGACUAAGGUCAUCGUGGAGCAGUUUGGAAUUGCAGGAGGCCUGGGGGAAUCCUUGCAGCAAAUCCUUGAGGAAAGAAGGGAAAAGACAACAAACUGGGUGUUUAACUACUGGCUGGAUGACAUGUACCUCAACAACCGGCUAGCUCUUCCAGUCAACUCCAGCCCAGCUAUUAUCUUUGCUCGUCAGUAUUUCAAGGAUGUAAAUGACCAGCUGAGGUUUGCCGCCAAUCUCAUUUCAGGAGUGCAGGACUAUAAAGCUCUACUGGACACCCAUGCUUUACCUGUUGAUUUUGCUCGUGGACAGCUGUCUGGUCAUCCUCUCUGUAUGAAGCAAUACUAUGGACUCUUUUCUUCCUAUCGUCUUCCAGGACAUACCAAAGAUACCCUCGUGGCCCAGAAAAGCAGUGUAAUGCCAGAACCAGAGCACAUCAUUGUUGCUUGUAACAAUCAGUUUUUUGUUUUGGAUGUUGUCAUUAAUUUCCGUCGUCUCAGUGAGGGAGAUCUUUUCACUCAGUUACGAAAGAUAGCCAAAAUGGCAGAGAAUGAAGAGGAAAUGCUGCCUCCAAUUGGCCUGCUGACAACAGACGGAAGGACAGAAUGGGCAGAGGCCAGGACGAUCCUUAUGAAAGACUCUACUAACCGCGACUCUCUUGACAUGAUUGAACGGUGCAUCUGCCUGGUGUGCCUGGACAGCCCAAGCGGGGUGGAACUGAAUGAUACAAACAUGGCAUUGCAGCUGCUACAUGGGGGAGGCUACCAUAAAAACGGGGCCAACCGCUGGUAUGACAAACCCAUGCAGUUUGUGGUAGGAAGAGAUGGAGUCUGCGGUACCGUGUGCGAACAUUCUCCUUUCGAUGGCAUCGUACUGGUGCAGUGCACUGAACACUUGCUCAGGCACAUGAAAGAAAGCUCCAAGAAAUUAGUCCGAGCCGAUUCAGUGAGCGAGCUUCCUGCUCCACGGAGGCUAAGAUGGAAAUGUUCCCCUGAAAUUCAGGCACACUUGGCAUCAUCAGCAGAAAAACUCCAAAGGAUAGUAAAAAAUCUGGACUUUAUUGCCUACAAGUUUGAGAACUAUGGAAAGGAAUUUAUUAAGAAACAGAAGAUUAGUCCUGAUGCCUAUAUUCAAGUAGCACUUCAGCUGGCAUUUUACAGGUGCCACGGGAGACUUGUCCCUACCUACGAAAGUGCUUCCAUACGCCGAUUUGAUGAGGGCAGAGUGGACAAUAUUAGGUCAGCGACCUUGGAAGCGUUUGCUUUUGUAAAAGCAAUGACUGAUGACAAAAGAGCUUUAUCGGAUUCUGAGAAGAUGGAGAGAUUUAAGGAUGCAGUUACAGCUCAGACUAAUUACACUAUUCUGGCUAUUACUGGGAUGGCAAUAGACAACCACCUGCUAGGGCUCAGAGAGGUGGCGCGGGAACACUUCAAGGAGCUGCCCGAGAUAUUUACGGAUGAGACAUAUUUGACAAGCAAUCGAUUCAUCCUCUCGACCAGCCAGGUUCCAACCACCACGGAAAUGUUCUGCUGCUAUGGGCCUGUGGUGCCCAAUGGUUACGGGGCAUGCUAUAACCCUCAGCCAGAGCAUAUACUGUUCUGCAUCUCAAGCUUUAAAGACUGUAAAGAAACCUCCUCAGAUGGGUUUGCAAAAGCUGUGGAAGAAAGUCUCCUAGAAAUGAGAGAUCUGUGCAGCAAAUGCAACUCUACUGUGGCAAAGCCACUCGCUAAACAAGAAGCAGCCGCGCAGCUGCAGAGUGACCGCAAGCUCUAAGAGGCUGUGGGAAUUAUUCUCCUGAACUCACCUUAUGAAGAAACAAUGGCAAAGCUGUUCAAAGGCAAGAUAGUACUAGUAAUAUAUUAGCG